UAUAAAGCUGCUCAGUCUUUUGUAUAAAGUGCUAUUUAAAUAAAUGUGCUGAACUGGUGCAAACAUCCACAUCGCUAUGAUCAGAUGGUUUCUUGCUGCUGCCACCAGUGUCAUUUCUGUUGUGUUUAUUUUGUUAUUGAGAGGAAAGCGUGCAGUACAUACUACAUAUUCUAUCGAAACGCUUCUUUCAGCAGCGCGGAUGGCGUCGGGAUGUUAAGCGAGCUCUCAGGUUCAAUGCAUUUCCUGAGUUUUAACAUGGCCAAUUUUGCAAACAGCAUGACUCUUGUCGAUCUCCUUAGUGGUUUAUUUAUAGUUGAAGCCAAAACGAGUCCACACUUCCGCUCUGUAGCUAUACAGGAGAGCGGAAUAAUUCUAUCGUCUUGUGAGCUGGGUUUGCUAAUGCUCUCCGAGUCAGUUUACGUUCUGAGAUAACUCUGACAUCUAGCGGUUGGAUUUUACACAGUCUGGGGUUUAAACUGAACACAGAGCCACAAAUCUUGGAUGUAAACAAAUAAAUAAACAUUGAUACAGUGUUUUUGAGAAUCGAUAUCGCCAAACAUGAUAUCGCAAUAUUCACGUGUAUCAAUAUUUUCUUAUUUCUUAUCCCUAUUUCUUCUUCACUUCUGUAGGUUGGGAUAAUCUGUUUGAUGUCGACCAUAAGAAGCAGGAAAAUCAGUCCAGACUGUUUGCUCAGACAGUUCACCGGAUCAGAUCAGGAAUACAGCUCUACCAGCAUGUUCUGUUUCAACGUGGCACCAGCAUGAUGAACUACAUCACUCAACUGAACUGCAUCGCAGACAAACUAGACAAGACGGUGAAGAACACACGCAUUGCAGGCAUCACGGGCGGCACCACAGGGGCCAUCGGAACAGCAGCUAUAGUCGCAGGCAUCGCUCUGGCACCCGUGACCUUCGGAGCGUCGCUGGCAGUGUCAGGGAUCGGCGUCGGUGUGGCCGCAGCCGGAGGAGUCACUGGAGCGUCGGCCGCCAUCCGUAAGAAAGUCAAAAAGACUCAGGACAGGAAGAAGGUGGAGAAAAUCCUGAGAAACUAUCAGUCCCAAAUGGAAGACAUCGAGGAGUGUCUGAGGUUCAUCAUCACCGGGAUGAAGCACCUGAGAAGAUUUGAGCUCUCAGGGAUUGCGGUCAGCGAUGAUGCAGCAGAUGUCGUGAGGCUGGUAGAGCAGAUCGGAAACUGUGACGUCAUUGACACUCUGAGUGAAAACACUCGUGCCAUUCAAGCUUUCGCUUCAGAUCUGGAUCUUCAAUCUGGUACUUCACUAAAGAGGACACACAGAGGCUGAAGAAAGACUCCCAGAGUCUGUUCACCGCUAAGGUUCGAGAGGUGGCUCUGAAACUCAAAGAGAACAUUGACCAGCUCAUACGUAUUAAAAACAUGUUUCGCUGAUCAGCUUUAGAAGAGAGUUUCUGUGUUAAAGAGCGCAUCAAAUCACAUGAUGAAAGUCCAGCUCUGAUUAUAAGGGUUUAUGGUAGCACAUGAAAAUGAGACAUUCUCACCCUAGAGAGCGUUUUAUCAUACCUCCCUCAAUCAAGAUACUUUCAAGUCACCUUUAUUUCAAUAGCACUUUAUACAGUACAGCAACUUUACAUUGAUAAACUGGAAAACAAUGAUUGAAUGAUGCAAACAGAAUUCAGUUCUGCUGUAAAGCAGCUCUAAAAAGAAAAUAGUGUCAUUAUUCAGCUGAAGUCAGUUCAGUGUUGAUUCAGUUCUGUUCAAUGUCUGAGUUCAAUGUCAGAAAUGUCUGAUUUGUUUUCUUGGAAGAGAAAGACUGUAAAUAUUAAUUGAUGUUAAUUUAAUUUAAUUUUUUUCCAUCUUGUAGCAGCAUGUCAUCAAAAAACAAAAAAACAAAACAAAAAACAAAUAAAAUGUUUUAUUCUCAUGUCAUUAAACCACUUCAGUCCUCUCUAGAUUUUCAAGAAAUUCCUUUAUAUAUAAAGAGUUUCAACCAUAGAGUCAAAACAUAUGGAAGACAAUGUUGGUAAAUGCUUGUUACUGACGUAAGUGAAAGUGUUUUGAACUGAGAAUCCACAUAUUCUUCAUAACUGACAUUUGUAUAGAGAAGCUCGUGUCUCACACCCUGCAGACAGACAGAAACAAGACCUCGAGCAUUAAACAUCUACAGAAGAUG